CACGGAUUCUGCACUGAUAUUUUCAGUUACAUUCGUUUGCACGUUGUUUCAAAGACAUGCCCACAAUAAGGGAACUAAUGAAUAUUCAUGUAACUGCACCUACGGGAGCAGUUUUUCACGGGAACCGAAUAUUACACAACACCGGAAUUCUACAACAAGAAGAAGAAGAACCAAGAAGAAGAAAACGCUGCAGUCGCCAUUAACGGAUUCUGAUUUUCGAUGUUUUCUGUCAGAUUGCAAAAAUUUUCAUUUAAGAAUUAUUGUUCAGUAGCAUAAAAAUAAUAAAUUUGAUAUACUGGCUAGCCACAAGCAGUAUAAAAAUAUAUGAAUCUUUAUUUGGUUUAAGUAACAUUAUUUUCGCGGUCACUCGGGAGGACAUAGAAAUCGGAUUUGUCUGGAAUCUACAACAAAAUGAAGAAACCUUUCAAGUCCGUUCUGUUUGUAUUACUGAUGUGUGGUGUGUUUGGUGCUGAUGAAGAAAGAGUGAAGGCAGUGAGGGAGGGAGAUUCUGUCACUCUAAACCCUGAUCUGACUCAAAUACAGGGAUUUACUGAGAUACAGUGGUGGUUUAAAGAUCAGCUUGUUGCUAUUACUAAUGGAAGGAAUCGCAAAUAUUCUGAAAAUGAGAUAUUCAGAGUCAGACUGAAGCUGAACCAGACUGGGUCUCUGACCAUCACCAACAUGAAGACCAAACACUCUGGACUCUAUAAACUAUGGAUCGAACUCAACACUGGGCCCUUAACUUUGGAUUUCACUGUCACUGUCAAUGAGUCUCCAUCUGUUAUUGAUGCUGUUAAAGGAGAAAUGAAGUUUGAAUCGGUGAAGGAGGGAGCUCCGGUCACUCUUCAGACUGAUGUUAAACAGCUACACGGAGAUGAGCUGAUAGUGUGGAGGUGUGGAGAAGAAGGAAAACUCAUCGCUAAAGCUGAUAUGGAGGCUAAGAGCUCACCAUUAUAUGAUACUGAUGGGAGAUUGAGUGGAAGACUGGAGCUGGAUCAUGUGACUGGAUCUCUGACCCUCACAAACACCAGAACCACAGACUCUGGACUCUGGACUCUAUUAUCUACAGAUCAGCAGCAACCAACAGACCUUAUACAAGAGAUUCACUGUUACUGUCAGUGAACCAGAUCUGUCUCCAGGUGCUGUAGCAGCGAUUGUUAUUGGUGUUCUAGCUGCUGCGGCUGCUGGUGGUGUAGCUGGAGUGAUUUACCAUCGCCGCAAGAGUAAGUGUUAGAGCUGAUACAGCAAGACAAACAACACUGAGCUUUAUUGUGCUUCAGUAGACUUUGAAUAUAUAUAUAUAGUGUGAUUUUUCACUCAACAUCAACAGCAGAACUUAAUCACUUGUUCUGCUUGUAUCUGAUGCAGUAAUUAAGUUGGCUUGAGAAA